GGAGGCAUUUUUCAGUCUCGGUAGCGCCUUCAUCAGGGCGGCCCGAAUGUCGCGCCCAGACUGCAGGGAGACCGGGCAUUUUCUUUCUAUAAACCAGAUCCGGAGUUAACGUUACAGUGUCUUAUAGUAGCAUUGAGGACUUGAGCUAUAGUGUCUGGCAAAGCUGUGUGGUAAAGCUGGCAUCGAUGUUGACUGAACCGGGUCCGCUGUGCUAAAAUCGCGGGAGUGAGCGAUCCACCUUCAGCGGUUUUGAAAAUCCAGCCCUGGGGGCCUGAUCAUAUGAGUCAUGGCUGACAAACAACCUUUGCUACCCAGCGAUGCGGAAUGUGAUCAGGGAAAAGGUAUCAAUGGGGACAACAAAGAUGUCAAGCAUCCACCACCAGAAAGUUCAAACCCAUCUGUACAGUUUCAGCAAAGAACUGAUACUCAAAGCAGCGGCAACAUGACAGAACAGAGCUACACAAACAAGCCCGAGAUCCAUGGGCCAUCUGAGGUGUCACUAGUUAUGAAAACAACCAGUGGUGAAGCUGAUGAAGCUUUUGAUCAAGGAGAGUUUGUGGUCAUACCAAACCAUCAGGCAGCUACAGCAAAACAGCUGGCUUUUGAGCAGACAAAGCUACUCCAAGUGGAGUUUUUCUUGUAUGUUGAGGAACUCGGUGAGUGUUCAACUUGCGAUGCUGUCCUGUACGUCCGUGAAAAUGGACAGAGAAAGAACUACCCAUUAAAGCCUAUUGUAGACAAGAUUUUGUGGACAACCAAGCAUCCUGUGCUCUUGCCAGCUGACAGAGACACUCGCUACCAAUAUAGCGUACAGUACAAAGCGAAGGAAAACAUCUUACAGACAGUUGGCAAGGCUCUUCAUGUGGUCAAAGGUGAAGAAGCUUUUUGGAUUGAUGAAAUGACAGCUAGAAUUCAUGGUACAGCUAAUAUUCACAGGGAUAUCUUUGAGAACUCAAAAGUUGAAAAGAAGUACAAACCAAGCAUUGAGUUCUAUGGGAAGCUGUUCUUCACAGAAGAUAUUUUCAAUAAUGUAAUGAAGGGAAAUCUAAAGGAGAGGCUGCUCGAAUGGGAAGAUCUACAAUUCCCAAAUCCAAGCUUUACUCCCAAGGAGAAGAGGAAGAUGAUUUUGGAAAGAAUCGCAAAGUUAUGCAAGAGAGCAAAUUGGACGCAGCUAUCUUUCCUCUGUGUUGUGCUUGGAAAAAUGUCACUACAGAGUGGCUUCUACUUGGAAAAGCUCGACUUCACCCAAGCUGAUGCUAAGUCACUUCUUCAGGGUUUGUCAAGUUCAAGAGCUGAAGACAUUCCAUCCAGCUGCAUCAGUGGUCUGAAGAUCAUUGUACCGCAGUUAUUGACUGCAGCAAAACAGGAUGAGCCCUGGGUCUGGCUUGUCACCAACUGCAGCAAGCUCUUUGAAGCCAGCUUCCUUCUGCAUCAGGCUUCAUUAAAGGAGUUCAGAGAGUGGUCAAAGAAGCGUAAUCCAGCUCAGUACAUUGAGUACUCAAAAGUUGCUGUGUAUAAUCUGAUUCAGCAACACUGUCAAGGAGAUCCACAAAGCCAUCGUCUAAUUGCAGCAUUACUGAGGGAGGCCCCCGACAUUGGAACAGAGAUUGCCAUCUUUGAAGUUGUUGCAGAAUAUCAUCAUGUUGAUAACAUUCAAUCGGUGCUAGAAGGCCUGGAAAGUAACUGUUUAAAGAGCAUUGAAACCAUUAUGAAGUCAUAUAGGGAGCCCAGGAACAUAGAGGAGCUCUACCAGCUGUGGACAGUGGUACAUGAAGGCAGAAUGGGUCCACUUGUCCAAGACCAGAUAGCAACAGCAGUAAUUGGACUGGCAUCCAAAUCUCGUACCUUUUCCCCAAACCAGGCUGAUAAACUACAGAAGAUGAUCACAGACAGCAUGCUCUUUCCCAGCAGAAAGGCAUUGGAUCUUUUAAAAGUUGUAGCAACAUCGAAAGAUCAGGUUUUUCAGUCCAUGUUCCUGGUACUAGCCCAUGACAAAAAGAUGAGCCAAGAAAUUGACAAAGAAGAUGCAAGGAAAUUGUCAGUCAAGUGGCUGAACACUGCCAUAGAAGCACACUGCACCACAAGUCGAAAGUACUACCAAACCACAGUUGUAGCAGACAUGAACAUACCAAGAGCGUAUGAUGAUCUGCUCAAGGUGAUGGCCACAGAGCUUGUGGGUGGUGACAAAACAAUUGAAAUGGCCCUUGGGGAUGUUGUUAAGGACUUCAUAAAGAAGUUUGGAUGGAAGAUACUACUGACAAAGUGUGAGGGGAUGAAGGAUAUGACAGAACAAGCUCAGCACUUGUAUAAAGAACACCUGGAAGAGAUGAUCAAGCAAGAGGGUAGUUCACAGCUGUCUGAGGAUGUGCUAGAGAUAGCCUACAGUAUCUGUGACAUGAAGCCCCCCAUGGCAUCACUUGGACUGGAUAUCAAAUACAAGCUGACAGAAGACCUGUUGGUAAUGUUGAUGAACUUAAUGGAUUUGCCUGAGAAGAAACCUGACCAUGACCUGGCAGUCAACCUCCAGCUCCUCUUGACUGUGGUAAGACAGUCACGAUUUUGGCUUGCAAUGCUCAAUGCAAAGGGAAGGACAACACAACUUCAUAAGCACCCAAAAUGUAAAACCGUCACUGGUGUGCUCAUAGAGUUUGGGGAGCAAUUGGAGUCAGGAAAUGUAAAGAUCCAACUUUUCCGAGCAGUAGUUGAGAAAGUCAGUGACAUGAGGGGAGGUAUGGACGUACUUGCUCUACUAAUUGAUGCAACAAGGAAGCAUGAAGGGCAGGGCAGCAUUUCAAAACCAACAAAGAAUGUGCUGCGUGAUAUCAUCAAGCAACUAGAAUCACACAAGCAGUUGUUGGAUAAUAUAGAUAACCUGCUGAACAUGUUCACCUCUAUGGUAGAGGGUUUUGUCAAAAUCAGUGAUAUCUCAAGUCUACGAAGUGACCUCCAGAAGCAGAAGAAGAGGUUUAAAGAGGACAAAACUUUGACAGUGACAGAUUUAAGUGAACCUACAUACUGGGGCAAGCUGUAUGACCUACAAGAGCCAGCCAAAUCUCUUGAUGGCUUCCAACAGUCAUUUGUGUUUAGAAAUGUUCUCCAACGGAACUUUGCAGAGAAAGAUUGGAAGGAAGAUGGAGGAAAGGAUGAUGAGACCUCUGAAAACUCAGAAGAGAAGAAGACAGAAGAAAACAAGCCUUCUGCAGAUUCAGGUACAGUUGAAGCAGGUCACUCUUUAUCUACUCCUCCAGCCAUCUCUAUGGUACAAUUAGUCAACAGUCUGUCAGAAGAGGUUCUAGAUCAAUUCAAAGAGCAAUGCCAGCCACUCACUGAGCACAACCUGAAAAUUCCAUUGGAAACAGUACAAUUCAUGUUUGCUGGCAUCCCUGAUGCUUAUAACAUGGAAACAGAAUUAUCCCUCCUAAAUAAGUUGCUCUGCAGCAAAAUUCCUGCCUCAAAUAGAAAAGCUCUAAAAGAGUUUGUUGAGUUUCCCAAAACCCAAAAGAAAGUACACAACUUGUCUGCUGCACUUCAGCUGUUCCAAGUCUCAGUGGAAUCUACCAGUGACCUUUGUACUGCCUUGCAACUGUGUGAGAAAGGAGCUGUACAGGACACCUCUUUGAGUGAGCUUCACAGAGCUGUGGACAAAGUGGAAAAGAUUGUCAGCAAACUUUCAGAGGAGGACAAUGACAUCAUAGAACAGUUGAGCAGGUCAUCAGAGCUUCUGGCCUUUCUUAGAGAUUUAGUGGAUGAAGACCUGAGGAACCUAAUAGAUGCUGUUGAGGAACACUCUGAGCAGUUUGUGAAUGAAUCCACUGUCUCAAAUCUAAUUGAGGUAAAGAGGUACUUGCAACCACUGCUUAAAGACAACUUUGACAACAACCCAGAAAAGUUUAUCAACAAACUCCAGCACUAUCGCGAGAUGUCUAUAAAAAAUCUACCGGAGAAGAUCAAUGACUGCAGCAUUAAUUUCCACAGUUUGAAAGGCCUGUAUGCAAGUGUUGCCAAUCGAGGAGAGAUGACCAAGGAAAUAGCUCACAAUGCAUACAUGAAAGGUCAUUACGCUUUUGACCUGGACACCUCUAGCACAUGCAAGGUGACCAUGUCUUAUGACAGGGGGAAAACAAAAGCUAGCCACUCCAUGUCAGACCUCCGUGACUUGCGUAGCAGGGCCUUGCUGAUUGUUAACUCAGAUAAAGGUCUGACAUGCCCACCUGGGGAAGUGCCACAAGUCUCUGAAUCAUCUACAGAACUGUCUCACUUCAUCGCCUGCAUAGACUUGGCCUCCAACAUUGCCUUGUCCUGUGAAAGUCUCCAUUCCUCUGGGCACUUCAAGUACCGAACCUUUAAAAUGUCUGUCUCAAACAUUGAGGAACUGACAGACUUAGAUGCAAGGUUGAGGGAUGAGUAUGCCACCUGGCAGGAAACAUUGAAGAGGGCCAGAAGAGAGCACUACUAUCUCAACUACCUUUACUCUGACCAGCUCUGGAUCCUUGAUGAUUUCUUCAAUGGGCACCCCAUUACACCCCAAUUGGAUUCACUCUUCCACUUUAUUCAUCCCUCAAUCACUGUGAAUGAGGAAGUGAGGAAGAUGUACACAUCGCCAAAGAAGAAGGGAAGCAAUCCUUACACAAGACUUUGUCAGAUUGGCUCAGCAAUGGACAAGAUCUGUGGGAAUCUUCUGGCUCCAAAGAGACAAAUGCAUAAGAAGCAAAAACAGCAGUCACCAAGUACAACAACUUCAAGUAUAUCAUCACUUCGUACAAGGGUCCAAGCUGAGGUUUUUGUAGCAGCACUUGAUGCAGAAAGUUCUCAAGUUGUGAACGUUAUCAUGAAUCUGUAUGAGAGUACAACAGGUAGCUUUCCAGAACCACAUCAGAUUAUCAUCUGCAGUCCAGACACAAAAUGGGAGGAACUUCACCUUCUUCUCCAAAGGUGUGUUGGAGCCCCAAACCAACCUCAGCUGGGCAAUUGCUUGUUCUGCAUUGCUAAUGUGGAGCUCCUACAAAGUGACAUACAGUUCAAGCUUGUGGAUGAGAUCAAACAACUGCACUCAUUAGACAGCCCUUUUCUCAUGGCUUUGGUAUGCCGAGGAGGGGCGCAUCAUCCCAUCUUGGAUCAGUUUUCACGUCUCACCCACAGGAUCCAAGGCAUGAGUGAUGUUGCUAUGAGGCAAUACUUCUCCACCUUGUGGCCAAAUGUGAAAAUGGUGACGUCAGACAUCCCUGGAUUGGGGAAGACAGAGUUUGCUCAAGAGCAGGGAAGCAGAAAGGGCAUGGGCGUGGUGUCAUUUCCCAUCGGGGGACCCAUCACAAGAGAUUACCUGGUCAGACGUUUGGCAAACCUGAGAGUACAGCCAUACCAAGUUCUGCACCUAGACAUUUCACCUGUAGAUGACCCACACCUAUUGGAUGCUUUCAUAUUUGAGCUCAUUGUUGUAGGUGCUGUGCAUUCAGGAACGAAUUUGGCACGCAGACCUACAGAGCACAUCAUUAUGGAAGUAGCUAACACCCUAAAUCAUGCUCUGCGUAACACAUUGGUAACAAGCAUGUGCUUUGAAAGGGUUCAUCUCAAGUGGGAGAACUACCAAAACUUCAUCAUCAGUCCAGAGGUCAACAGCCCAGUUCAGGUUGUGUGCCACUACCUGGAGGCAUUGGAUAGAGCAACCAUUGAUGAGACAGACAUACCACUGUCAGGACCAAAGAGGGUCAAUCCUCUCCCUGCCAAACGGUGUAAAGAUCUUUUGAGAAAGUACUUCUCAACAGGCACUGACCUUUCCUUUACCAUAGUUGAGAUAUUUUUGUCCGUUCUGGCAGACCAGCUCAAGAAAUUCUCAGCCAGUCAGUACUUUCGCACUGCAAAUCUACGUAUCAUGUUGGGAGAUAAACAUGAGCACCAAGUCCGAAGGAAUCUGUUCACAGCCCUGCUAGAUGUUUCAAAGGAAUUUGCAUCCCGGUCAGUACUGUCCUGCCGCAGCACCCAGUCAUCUGCAAUGACAAAGGAACAAGCUGUUCAAAAGCUGAAAGAAGCUGCUAGUACAUCAUCAUCAGCAAUGCAGAUGGUCAGUCGAGUAGAAGGAAUGAUUCGUUGGGCAGACAGCAACCAUUUGAUGGUAAUCUUUCACAGCCAGGACGCACAAACAGUAUCUGCACUGUACAGGAGCCUCCAACAAGUCCCUGUCAAAAUACAGGACUUGUUCAAACAGCAGGUUAAUCGACCUCUUCCAGAUUUUUCAACUUUAAAUCAGAGUGACUUGCAAAUGAUACUGGAGCGGAUUGCUCGAACUACAUCUCACAAGCUGGGGAAAGAGAGGACUGGUACACUUGACAAGAGGUAUGCCCUAACUCCAGACAAUCUGUUAAAGAUGGCCCUUGUCAUCAUGAGGGUGAGGGCUCGCAUCCCAGUCAUCAUCAUGGGAGAGACAGGCUGCGGCAAGACAAGCCUCAUCAGGUACCUGGCAAAAACAUGCGAAGUCCCAUUCAAGGUCCUCAGCAUCCAUGCUGGAGUCACAGAAGAUAAAAUCAUAGCCCUCGUAGACGACAGAGCUAAAGAAGCAAGGUCAAACCUGUCUCGUGAGGUUUGGGCCUUUUUGGAUGAAAUCAACACCUGUGACCAUCUUGGACUAAUCAACGAAAUCAUUUGUCAUCAUUCCAUGCUCGGAAAGAAACUGCCAGAAAAUCUGAUCUUGUUGGCAGCUUGCAACCCCUAUCGGCAACGGGAAAGCUCUCAACUGCAUACAGCUGGCCUGGAAGGUAAGAUCAGCUUUGAUGAAUGCUCCAAGCUUGUGUACCGAGUGCACCCUCUACCAGAGUCAAUGUUGGACUAUGUCUGGGAUUAUGGGACCUUAAACGAGAAAGAUGAAAGGUCCUACAUCACAAAAAUGGUCACUGGUGUAUUCCCUGCUGAAUCUAAAGUCAAGCCUGCCAUGCUCGUUGAUCUCUUGUCAUCUUCACAAAACUUCAUUCGGAAGGUGGAAGGGAACCAGUUCGGUGUCAGUCUGCGGGACGUAAACCGUUGCCGCAUUCUGAUGAAAUGGUUUGUGGAGAUGCUGAAUACAAAAGGACUACAGGCUCUCUACAAACAAACAGGAUACUGGACAAGGUCAUACAUGUAUGUAACAGGUGUUUCUCCGUGUGAUGAAGUCGAUGUGCGAAGUGUCAUCCUUACACUUGCACACUGCUAUCACUCCAGACUUGCAGAUUCAGAGAAUCGCUCAAAGUACAGGAAAGAGUUGUCAGAAGUCAUGAGACAACACAAAGUCAUUGUCUCUGAACAAGAGAUAGAAGACGUCAUCCACAAGGAGCAGCUAGAUCUUCUUGAGCGAAUGGAGCUGCCAGAAGGUACAGCAAAGAAUGGAGCACUGUGUGAAAAUGUCUUUGUAUUGCUUGUCUGCAUCUUGAACAACAUUCCUGUCUUUGUGGUUGGAAAGCCAGGCUGCAGCAAAUCCUUGUCCAUGCAGUUGAUUCGGAGCAACUUAAGAGGUCGGGAUUCAUCCAAUGAGUAUUUCAAGAAACUUCCACAACUGUAUGUUGUCUCUCAUCAAGGCUCAGAAUCUUCAACUUCGGAGGGAAUCAUCAAGGUCUUUGACAAGGCCAAGAAAUACAAAGAGCACAAUGAAGGAGGUGUCCUGCCUGUGGUGCUUCUAGAUGAGAUUGGUCUGGCAGAAGAAUCUAGAUUCAACCCAUUGAAAGUUCUACAUAGUCUGCUGGAGCCAGCUGAGGAUGACUUCCCUGACGUUGCUGUAGUGGGAAUUUCAAACUGGGCUUUGGAUGCUGCAAAGAUGAACAGAGCUAUUCACCUGUCUCGCCCUGAACCAGACAAAACCGACUUGUACAAGACAGGGAAAUCUCUUGCCCAGGCUGCACUGGAAAGAGCAUAUCAAGGUGGCAAACAACUCACUAUGUCACAAAAUGAUGCUCUUAAAGCCCUUGCUGAGGCUUACUUUGAAUAUGAGGAAAAGCAGACUUACAAAAACUUCCAUGGUCUGCGUGACUACUAUUCGUUGAUCAAAUGUAUCUGUUUGCCAGAACAUGUCAAUACAGGUGCUGUUGUCAUGCCCCAGUUCAACCUCAAAGUUUUGAAGAGAGGGCUUCUCAGAAACUUUGGUGGCCUCCCGACUGAAAGGGAUACCAUCAUGGAAACAUUUCAACAGAAACUGAAGGCCCUUCACAUUGAUCUUGAUGAAGAGAACCUCGAUGUGAAACAGCUGAUACAAGACAACCUACGGGACAAGCAAGCUAGACACCUCAUGCUCAUCACCAGUGGUGACUCAGCUGUUGGCAUCCUGGAACAAAUGAUCAGGGACUCAGAAGAUCUGAACUGCAGAGAGAAAGUCACCAUCUUUGGGAGCCACCUAGAUGACGACCUUUCAGAGGACUAUGACUACCGUACUCUCAGCCGAAUCAUCCUCUGCAUGGAGAGAGGAUGCAUCUUGAUACUGAGAGAUCUUGACAGCAUCUAUGGCAGUCUGUAUGACAUGCUAAACCAGAAUUACACAGUUGUUGGGAAGAAGCGAAACUGCCGUGUAGCCCUUGGAGCAUACAGCAACCCGAUGUGCCAAGUGCAUGAAAACUUCCGAUGCAUUGUGCUGAUUGACCAACAGAAGGUGAACUACUCAGACCCACCCUUCCUCAAUCGCUUUGAAAAGCAACUGUUGAGGUUUUCUGAUGUGAUCGAUCACCACCAGAUGUCUGCAAUUACGAAGCUUCAGUCUUGGGUUGAAGACAUCUCAACAAUACCUGGACAGCAGUUUGUCAAGGAGGAUUUGUUCAUUGGGUUCCAUGAUGACACUCUUCCCUCCCUAGUGUUGUGGCACAGCAAUCAUGGACAGGAUCUCAGUCAGAAGGAAUUGCUGACUCGCUGCAAGUCUGAUCUGAUGUGGAUAGCAUCACCAGACGGCAUGCUUAGAGCCUCCAAGUCCAAACUGGCAAAAACAAGCUUGCCUGACAUUUUCAAAUUGCAAGAGGAGUACUUCAGCCAACCAACUCACAGAGGACUACAAAAGUUCCUUGAGCACAUGUUGCAUGGUGAAGGUCCAGUCCCAACUGCAGGAAAAGAUACCACCAAUGAGUCUGGAGAACAUCCUGACAUGUACUCCAUGCAGCCUCCAUUGCUAAAGCUUGUCGUCCACACCUUCCUGAAAGAGUCUGAUGAUGAUGAUGAAGAAGAGGAAAGUCAGGGAUGUCCAGAUGAUGGAUUUGAAGAAAGUCCAACAAUAUCAGAGCGUCUUGUGGAGGUGUACUGCACAGCCAUGCUACCUGAGGAGUCUCUCAUUGACUCUUGUGGUGGUCUUAAGGCAUGGCAUGCAAAGGUCACUACGCUGCUGUCCCUUGCUGCAAAAGUGAACAGAGACACACCAAUGUUCCAUUUCCUAAGGCUUUGUAAUGACUAUGCCACAGCACUAAACCUCGCAUCAGGAGAAGUCUCAGUCUUGAACAACCUCGCACAAACAGCAAAAAGUCAGGGAGACAACUGCAUGAACUCACCACUGGUGUUCUCCCUAGUUGUUGAGACAGCAAGGAAGCUACUGAGUAGUGGAAAGAUGUCUCCAGAACGAAUGCAACAGUUCCUCUGCCUGCUCUUUGGGCGGUGCUUGGAUGCAAACCCAGACACCAUUCUUAUUGACAGCAUUCUGGAUGAGUUAAGCAAGCUACCUACGGGUUCCAUCAGAUAUGCUGGUCCAGUUCUGGAUCGUAUUCUCUGUUUUGAGCAGGAGAGCCAUCAGACACAGUCAAACUAUCAUGGACAUCUAGGUCUGUUCCAAGAUAUUAUUGAGGACCAGGACCUUGCAUUGGAAGAACAUCCACCCCUGCAGUCCUUGAACAACUGCCUGCAUUCAUUGCAAAUAACUUCAGGGUUUGACUCACACCUUGCUACACUUUGCAGUGACAUCAUCCAGGACAGAUUUUUCUCCUCUAUUGCCCAACAUUUAGUGGAACUUGGAGAGCCCGACAACCCCCUACACGUAGCUCUGGUCAAGGCUGCAAGGGUCAUAAGGGAAUCCACUACUUGUGACUUGCAGUUUAUCUGUUCUGUUGCAUUCAUCAGAGUUUUCCUAACAGAAAUGGCUAAAGCCUUACAGGAAAUGUUGGAUACACAAAACGAAGGAGAGGAGCUGCAAAUGUCAGAACACCUGCUACAGGAAGUUAACACCCAACUGUUCACUCCAUCACCAAAGGAGGAGCCAACUCUAUCGAGAAAGGUUUCUAUGGUCUUGUUCUUUCUGAAACAGCUUCGACCAGACCAUGGGUUGCUGGGAUUGCGUGACCUGAGCAAAGACCUUGGCCCAAUGUUGCCUGCCUUGCAAGAACUAGAAUGGGAAAAGGAUGAAUUGGAGUCAAGGUUUUCCUUUGGUCCACUGAGGUAUGCCACAGGCUAUGAAGAUGCAAUGAAGGCUAUAGCACUCCUGAAGGAGAAAGAAGAUGAAGCAAUGAAUGCACUGAUACAAAAGGCAAAGGGAUGUGAAGAAACCAAAUUCUCACUCUUGGCAACACUUUAUGACCUGUACUUCCUAGUACGCACAGUGCGGCCAGCCCGUGACACUGAGAAAGCUGCCGCCCAGACAAUGGCAAAGAUGAUUUCUAACUUUCCACGGCCAUUCCAACAGACCCUGUUGUGCACUGUAGGAGAGCAAGACUCCAAGCUGUGUGUCUCAGAGCAGUCCAGCUUGGAUGACAUCCUGAAGAAAUCAGUUAUCAUGCACCUGCUCUGUGUCCUAAGCUCCAGCCUGGCACAAAAUAUGAAGAUACAGUCACCCUUCCAGCAGUAUUUGACUAAUCCAGAGAAGUUAAAUGCACCUUACGUACUAGCUAUUGAUAACAAUGGUGAUGACCCACCUGAAGUGUAUACAGCCACAAGCCAACAGAUGUGGGAUCAAAACGCUACUGUAUGGUGUUGUUCCUGUGGAUGUCUUGUUGCCCAGCAAAGACUUGCUCCAACAUCUCAUGAACAACAAACAGUGUGUCCUGUUUGCCAGUCUCCAUCUGUUCCCACAAAUCACCUUGAUGGAAGCGAGCCUGGUAACUCCUAUGUCCAAAAUGUCAGCUCUGGAAUUACUGUAACCCAGCAGACAGGGUAUGUUGUUGCUAGCCCUGAAGAUAGAGGAGAAAGAUGGUUCACCGUUCGCCAAAUGUCCCCUGCAGCAUAUCGUUGUUUGCACCUGUUAGUUCAUGGAUGCCUACUGGCUAGCCACUAUGCUGAGGUCUGCAAGCCAGAACAGCUGGGAGAAUUCAUCUUCAAGGAUCAAGACAAGGGUCAAGAUGCCAUCGAUAUUUGCACAAACUUUGUUGAUGUUGAUUGGAAAGCACUGGGUGAUGUUAUUUCUGGUACAAGUGAGGAUGUUUGCCGUCUGCUGCAUUCUGUCAUUCAGCAUAGCUGCAGCCUGCUCAAUGGAUCCCACAAAGUUGGGGGAAACACUUGUAAGACUCGUGAAGAAAGGGAGAAGUGGGAAGAAGAAUUCUCUGCUAUUGUAGAUGAACUAGUCCAGAGGAUUCCAUCAUCCCUUCGAGAGCAGCAGGUUUCUUCUUUGUCUGAAGAUAUGGAAAUUGAGCAAGGCCCCAAGUGUCUGGAAAUCAAAGUAGAAGAGCUGGAAAGAGGAGUUGGUCGUCAAUACCAUCAUGACCAUGCCUUGAGGCUCUUCAGAGUAACAGAGAUGAAGACAUUUGAAAAGUUGCACUGUCAUUUCAUGAAUGGUGGCAGAGAUCUGCAAGAUGCAUACCCCUUCUUGGGAUUGUUCUUUUCAAUGCAUGAACAGCUUCCUUACAUAAAGCACCUUCAUCCUCUCCUGAAGUGGACAACAAUAGUCAAGUCACGACUGGGUCACAGGCUGGCUAAGGAGAAAGCAAAAGAUAUGAAGAUGUGCGAUUUCAUCUAUGACAGUAAACUGACAAAGCAGGAAAAGGAACGUUUGAAGAAGUCCUUCCAAGAGUUCAAGGAGGCAUGGAAUCAACUGCAUGGCAGUGGAAAGACAGUGGACGGGAGAUUUGCCAGUAUGUUACCAAUGCAUGAAGAACGUUCCAUCACACAAUGCCUGCUGGACCUACAGAUUCCUGACAGUCAUCUCCAAACUGCCAUCAGUGUGUUGUACAAUCUGCAGAACAAGUUCCUCGCCAAUGUUGCCAAGCUUGCUGCCACCACAACUUGCCCUGCAGUAAGCUUCUUGGUUCGAGAACAACGUUCAAGUGUCAUUCCACAAGUCUCCAUUCUUGAUGUUAAGAAGACAGAUGUCAUCCACUACAAAUGGUCAAAUGACUUCAUGAAGCAUUCAGAGUGUAACACAGAAUACGGCCUUGGACGGCAACUGUUCUUCGACUUCAGCAAGAUUGAGAUGGAACUCGCCAACAACUUAGUGCUGGGCAAGGCCUAUAUCAAUGAUGAACAGGGCUUACCAAAGUUUGCAUAUGCCAAUGAACUGUCUGCUAGUGCAAGCAUUCUUCUUGACGUGUCCAGCCACGUGACCCAAGAACCACUUGCAACUGACAGUGCCAGGGCACUGCGAGAAAGAAAUGAGAGUGAUCGCAUUGCAAAACCACUGCUUGAGCAUAUGGAGGUGGUACUUUUCCUGCUAAAACGGACAAAAGGGAAUCCCUCAGAGCCUCUCGUGGACUAUACAAAGAAAUGGUUGUCCAUGCUAACAAGUCCCUUUCCUGUCCAUCUGCUACCAGAACCACAUAGUGCCAUCCAGCUCAAACACGUCGUGCACCUGUAUGAAACACUUGAGGACAUGAUGGCAGAUGUCACCAUAGAGUCCCUUAGUGACUGCUUCAGGCAGACUCUAAGGCCUGUGGUGCAAUCCAAGAUGGAAAACGCUGCCACAGAAGAGUUGGAGCGUGCUGUAAAGGUGACUCGACAGUUUGUCUUCCGCUACAUGUCCUCGCCAGACUCACCUGAGAAGAUCAAGCCCGAAAGCCUCCUUGUGAAUCACUUGAAGAAUACAGGACUCUGGACAGAAGGCCAUACAGAGACUAGUGAGGGAACUGCAACCAAUGCCUCAUCAACAUUCAUGGACCAACUGAAUGUGGAACAUGUGUAUGCUGCCUUACAGGCCAUGACAAACACCAUUGGGGUCCGACAAAGCGAGAGGAACAUGUUCCAGUCAUUCACUGCCAAGAAGACCCAUUCAGCACCAAACCGCAGGGCAACAAGGAAGAAAAUGAAAUAUUCUAACACUUAGUGUGGUACAUGUACAAAUUGCAGUGCUGUGUAAACUUGAGCAGAGAAGGCGGGAGAGCACCAACCCAACCCCUGUUAAGAGCAGUUUUUCCCGGAUAGUCUAAUAUGUACUCAUGUAGUCUAAUAAGUUUCAAUGUAAAGUAGAAUUAUUCUUACCGGUACUUCAGAACAUCUUGACCAAAGACUAAAUAUGCUCUAAUCAUUAAGAACUAAUAGCUUGCACAAUAACAUGUCUAGCAAUAAUAUUCUGUACAGUUGUGAGAAAGUUUUGAUAUAUUAUGACAUCUCAACUACUGACAAUUUUGUAAUCACUGUAUAUUGGAAUAAUAACUUGAAUGUGACCAAAGAUACAUGUAGACUGUUACUUGGUUAUACCCAGGUAUUGAUUCGUCUUGAAGUACAACAUGAAGGUUUCAAUAGGGAUCACAGGGAACAUUUCCAUGAUGUAUACUGUGUCCAUAGUGUUUUUGUAGUGUUUUUGGACUCUGUUUUCCAAAAGGAAUGAAAGGGACUAGAUAUAUAAAAAGAAUUAUAUAGUGAUUAUUACUCUACAAUGUAUUUUGAGACAGCACUUUUCAAUCAAGAUCAAUACAACUGCAGGAACAAUAUUACAUGAAAAUAAUUAUGGAAUUAUAUGUAUGUUGCAUUUUGACUUCUUUGCAAAUCUUGAAAACAUUCCAAACAACAAGUUUAUAAUUAUGGAUACAUAGUCUUAUUAAUUGAUAUGGUGACUACUAGUUCUCUGAUAGGAAGUAAUGUUUA